UUUUGACUGCAUUCAAAAAUUGGGUCGAAAGAGUACAAUCGUAAAGCGAGGGGUGCACGAGCUCUCAACCGAUAGAUGUUUUUCUAAUCUUGCAGCGCAAAAUUUCCCGGCUCCAUUUCCUAAUUCAAUAAGAUACAGAUGUAUUUCUCCGUAGCCUCUCAGACGUUCGUGAUAUUUCGAGGAUGGAAAGUGACCUCUGCGAGUGACGUUGGGGGAUCUUUCCUGGCGGUGUUUGCACUAGCAGUCCUGUACGAGUGCUUCAAGGGACUUCACGUGACGUUAAAACAACGUUUAAAGACGAGGAGUUACCGCGGGUCAACAACCAGUGUGCUAGCGUCCAGAAUACAUACCGCUAUCAAAUGUCGUGACCUUGUGAUGCAGUUUUCCGAGACGUGUCUCUUCGUAACCGAACUGGCUUUCGCUUAUUUCUUGAUGUUGAUCAGCAUGACAUACAACGCGUCUUUAUUUGCGGCUGUUGUUAUCGGUCGAGGAAUGGGUUAUUACUUAACGACGCCACUUGUUGAUACCUACAUUACCAAAAGCGAGAAGACUGGUGAUUACAGUGACUUUCGACGGAGUUCAAAGUCAACACUAAGAAAGCGGGAGCCACUGAUCAAAGGAACAGACAUAUAAGCUUAUCGGACAGAAGGAUCACUAAAUAAAAAUAUUUUUUAAACUAUAAAUGUAAGUAAUUGGAUAAGAUAAAACACAAUUAAAAGUGUUUUAUCUUAUCCAUUUAUUUUUUUUUUUUGAGGGUUGAAAUGCUAGAGCGGAUUAGAAAACAUACUAAAACUUCUCUUAUUACCACAUACCGGUUCAUUAUGCGACCCAGGUCUCUCAGUUUUCAGGCUCUCUGUCACUGCAACAGCCUCGACGGCUUACUUGCCAUUUUUCGCGUUUUUCGCAUUUUUCACCUUUUCGUUCGUCUUCACUAACUUAGAGCCUGCACAUGCCGAUGAACUCUAAAGUAGGGGAAUCAGGGAAACUUUUUAAUGUAAUCUCUACAACGAAUAACAGAUUAAAACCAAACAUUAUGGUCCGCACCGCAACUCUUUUUGUUGUAACACACAAAUAACGUGAAUCACACGUUGUAUUUUCCUU